ACAGGUUCGGAUUCUAACCUCAAUAUUUUAGUAAUUUUUGCAAUAUUUGUUGCACAGAUUUGUUGUUUAAUACGAGUACGAGUUAAAAGUAAAGAAAAUAAGAGAAUUUUCCAUAAAAUGACGCUGGAAUCAAUUCCAAAAGAUCAACGCGGUCUGAGAGCUUGCUUAGUUUGUUCUCUAAUUAAGUCAUUAGAUCAGUUUGAGUGUGAGGGAUGCGAUAAUUGUGAAGACUUUUUGAGGAUGAAAAACGAUAAAGAUAAAGUUUAUGAUUGUACAAGUACUAAUUUUGAUGGUAUGAUAUCUAUGAUGAGUCCUGGAGACAGUUGGGUCGCUAAAUGGCAAAGAAUAAAUCGAUUUUGUAAGGGUGUUUAUGCUAUAUCAGUGUCUGGCCGUUUACCUGCCGGCAUAAUAAGAGAAAUGAAAAGUCGAGGUAUAGUUUAUAGACCAAGAGAUACAAGUCAAAGAUAAUCACAGUUAAUCACUAAUAAUUAAUAUUAACACUUUCUUAGAAUGUAUAUCAGGAUCUUUUAAUACACACAUUAAGUUGCA